CUUAAAAACCACUGCCUCUUUAUUCUGAGGUAAAUUAUUUUUUUGAUGAGAGAGCAUCUUGAGUUAUAGUCCUUGACCUUGUCCUCAUGCUGCUGAAGCUCUUGCUGUUGAUCUGUGUUCCACUUUGCAAACCAACCGUGCUGCUUUUGACAGCCAGCCCUUCUUGGCCCAUAGAAGGUAACUCAAUGACUCUGACUUGUAAGACCCAAUACCCUCCAGAGAAGUUAGGUGUCCAGCUCCAGUUCUGCUUCUUCAAAGAUGGCUAUACGCUGGGGCUGAGCUGGAACAACUCUACGGAGCUCCAGAUCACUGCUGUGAGGAGGGAGGAUUCAGGGUCCUACUGGUGUGAAGCACAGACAGCUGGAACUAAAGUAAUAAGGAGCAAGAGUAUCCAGAUACACGUGAAGAGAAUCCCUGUCUAUAAUGUGAGCUUGGAGACACAGCCUCCAGGGGGAUACGUGAUGGAGGGAGAAAAGCUGGUUCUUGUCUGCUUGGUCCCUGAGGGAACAGGAGACAUCACUUUCCUCUGGUACAAAGGGGCUCUGGGUUUAAACCUGGAAUCGAAGACUCAGCGCUCACUAACAGCAAAGUUUGAGAUUCCUAUGGUGAGAGAAAGUGAUGCUGAGAAAUAUUACUGUACAGCUGACAAUGGCUAUGGUCCCAGUCUGAGUGGGCUAGUGAGCAUCACUGUCAGAAUUCCAGUGUCUCGCCCUGUUCUCACCCUCAGGGCUGCUGGGGCCCAGAAGGUGGUGGGGGAUGUAAUAGAACUUCACUGUGAAGCAUGGAGAGGAUCUCCUCCAAUCUUGUACCAGUUUUAUCAUGAGAAUGUCACCAUGGGGAACAGCUCAGCCCCCUUUGGAGGAGGAGCAUCCUUCAACUUCUCUCUGACUGCAGAACAUGUUGGAAACUAUUUCUGUGAGGCCAACAAUGGCCUGGGGACCCAAUGCAGUGAAGUGGUGACACUCAACAUCACAGUGUCUACAGAGAACAGAAAAAACCUUACUUCAGCAAUCUUUCAGGGGUUGCCUGGAAUCCUUGUUCUCACUGCCAUGGUCCUAUUAUUUUUCUGUUGGCUCAAGAGAAAAAUAGGAAAAAAUUCAGCCAGGGAUCCAUGCAGAAGCCUUUCCAGCCCUGAACCCCAAGGAUCCUCAUAUGUCAACUCAACUGCCACAGAGCAACUACAGCCUAUAUAUGAAAAUGUAAAUGUUGUAAGUGGAGAUGAGGUUUAUUCUUUGGUGUACUAUAUGCAACAAGGACAGCAAUUAGCAGCAGUAGAAUCCCUGAAGAUACAUACUGAGGAGAAGGACUCUUCAGUCAUUUAUUCUGGACUGAAGAAAGCAAGACUUAUAGAUGUAAACUAUGAAGAUGCUAUGUAAAGUUGUGGAAGACUCUGCUCUUUGAAACCAUUUAUGAACUGUGCCUCAGAACUGGUAUGUUCUUGAAAGAUCCUGGAGAAUAAGCUUUCCAGUAAAUUCAUGCAGUUGCUUUCCUCCUCAAGACUAUUUCUACAUCUACUUUAAAAUAAAGUUGACUUAAUUCCUGAAGAGACCAUCCAGGAGAAUCAACAUGAAUGUAGGAGUGGAAAGGACUCUGUUACCAGAACCUGAUUCUUAGUGGUUCUUUUAGGCAUAGGUCAAAUUGUUCUUUAACAUCUUUUUCUAAGAUGAACAGGACAGGAAAAAAAGAACUUAGGAUCUUGGUGUAGAGGGACAGUGAACAAAACCCUUUUGCUUAGAGUGAAAGAAACCCUUAAGUUUAUAGUGCACAAAACCUAACAUUAGUGAUUUCAUGGGACUGUUCCAUAUAGAGAGCUGUAUGUAUAUAAUUUUGUCCAAGUGCUUUUUCUGCUCAGACAGUACUGAUCUCCAGCCCUACAACUUACAUUAAUUAUCCUGUUUCUCCAUAAAAUAUAUUACUUGUAGCAUUUGGAGUCACAGCUACCAAAUUAGAAUUAAAACAAAGUUAUAACCAUGGCUAGUGUAGCUCAGUUGUUUGAAGCAUUGUCCCAUACACUGAAAGUUUAUAGGUUCGAUCUACAGUCAGCUCACAUACCCUGGUUGCAGGUUGGUCCCUGUGGGGUGUAUUCAGGAGGCAACCAAUUAAUGUUUCUCUUACAUUGAUGUCUCUCUCUCUCUUCUUCAUUUCUCAAUAAAUAUAUCCUUGGGUCAGAAUUAAAAAAAAAUGGUUUCAUAAGGCAUUAUUGGAAUUAUACUCAAUGUUAUUUUUUAUGCACCAGCCAAUCUAGAUUUAUAAAGAAAUAAUAUUUGUGUUACCACAGCCAAUGUUCUGCAUUUGUUGCAGCCUCUAGAAGCUUUAUGAAUGCAAUUUCCCUUUUUUAUUUACAGGUGCUUUGAAAACUUGACAAUAUGAUUUGAAGUUUCUAUUUGAAAUUAAUCAAUUGCUAAUUCUUAUAAGUUAAAGCAAUUUGAAGCAUAAAAUAUAAAAGUUAAAGUCUUCCCUUAUAAUAUGACAUCAGAAGUGAUAUAGACAGUUAAAAAUUAAGCAUUGUUAAACUGACAAUAACCAGAGGGGAGGUGGGAGGAGAUAAUGGGGGAAAAGGGGUAAGGGUUUUCAGGAACCUGUAUAAAGGACACAUGGA